AUGAAGUCACCAAGCCCAUCCGUUGGAGGCACUGCAGGAGUUUCCGUGUCACAAGGAAUUGCUGGGCUAGGAGUGCCCCUUUUUUCUGCUUCAGCAAAGCCAGCACAAGUUAAUCCUGUAGCUGCAUCUUCAUCAGCUACUUCAGGUUCUCCUGUUAUUUCUUUUUCAAUAAGUUCAGGACCUGUUUUACCAUCACAGGAAAAAGCAGUGCCUGGAGCUUCUCAGCCAGCACUUAAACCCAUGGCUUCUUCUGCUGCCAUAGUAGCAAAGCCAACUGCUUCUUUGGGAAUACCUCCAUCAAUCGGAUCUUCUGUACUCCCUUCUGCACCUGUGAUAAGGCUGYCAUCUCCAUCAAAGGUACCCUUACCAGCCAUUGCUGCAGCUUCUUCACCCGCUGUGAUAGCUUCAGUACCUCUUCUGAAGCCAUCCACGGCUAUCUCCAGAACUGCACCCUUACUUACCGUAUCACCAGCUGCUCCAAACCCAACUACACUAAAACCAUCUUCAAGUGUUAUUACGACAUUUUCAUCAGUUACGAUACUUUUUAACACGUUGAAACAUCGCAGUGAACAUACACACCCUUCAGUACCGCAUGCAAAAGUCUUAAGUUUGGAAGACGCCGCUCAAAAUGGCAACAACCAGGAGUUGACUCUUAAGAGACAAGAGAAGGUUUCUGAAAGUGCAGCGGGCGAGGAAGACAAAGAAGUACCAGAGCAUUCGUCCAGUGGAGAGUUUCUUAACAUGGAAGGGUCGACCGAAGUUCCAGAUGUAACCAUAGAGACGAGCGGAGAAGCUCAAAGCAGUAACAAAAAUGUGGACGACAAAAAAGAAGCUGGCAAAGAUGAAACAAAAAGUGAUAAUGCUGAAAAUAAAAAUGAAGUAAAAAAACAAGCCAAGGACAAAGAAAGUGGUCUCGCGGCUCGUACGAGAGGCAAGGAUCCUCAGAAUUUAAUCCACAACAAAUUUGAAAAGGCUCUAGAUGAAUUCUACCAACAGCAAGAAAAACCAAAGGAAACCGCUCAAAAAUCAAGCGACAAAGAGAGAAAAGAAACAAAACAGGUCAAAGACGGGAAAGCGAAUAAUGAUAAAGGUUUGAUACAAAAACUCGAAGCAAAGCAACAAAACGAAGACAGGAAGGAGAAACAAGAGCCAAAUGCACUUGUCGGAAUCGCACAGCAACAGAGCAGUCCAGUGAAAAUACCACAAGAAGCCCUCGUCAUGGAAAAAGCAAAGAAAGACCUGCCAGUGAAACAAGAAGACAAAUCUUCUGCCACACCUAAGGUUUCUGGCAGCUCAUUGGCCAAACCAGAAGAGGAAGUUAAAGUUAACAUCAAGGAGAGCCAAGUUAAAGUUUUACCAGUUGUUAAAAUAAGCUUUGGCCAAGCGACUGCACAAAAUGGUAACUCUAAUCCAGACUCUGUGAAAGACAAAGAGGUCAAGGACAAGGCAGUUACCCAGUCUGCUUUCAAGCCUAACACAGUCGUUGAACCAAAACAACAAGAGAAGGGAAUAAAAGUAAAUGAAAAAGCCAAAGCAGCAGUUGCCGAUGAGGAUCUAAAGUCACUCGGGGGAAAUAAUGCACAACCAGAGCCAUCAAUGGCAAAGGAUGCUCAAGGCAGCGUAAUCCAAGUUUCAGAGCAGAAACCUGGAGGAAACUCUGGUAAUCGAAAUCAAGACAUUGGGACCUUCCUUGAAGUCAAUAUAGGAAUUUCAAGCCUGCCAAAAAAAGAAAUCGCUCCAGCUGUACAUAGCGUGUCUGUAAAAGCAGUCGAAGAAGAAUCAAAGUUUUCUAGUGAUUAUGAAGAUGAGGAUGGGAAAAAGAUGCGAAAACACAGAAAACAUAGGAAACACGGGAAAGAUAGGAGACAUCGCCACAGGGGGAAGCACUCGACACGCCAUCAUAACAAAGGGAAAAAACAUGAGGAUGAAGAAGAGGAAAUUUAUAAUCAUGAUGGAGAGGUAACCAUAGACCAAAUUCCACCAAAAUAUGAAGAGGUUGAAACCAUCAAAGUUGAUUUCAGGGAAACCCAAGCUGGCCAUCAAAAUGAUAACCCGCGUCAAAUUGAAGGAGAGGAGGUUCCAGAGAACCACGAUAGUGAGAGACAAAGUUUAGAGGACAAGAGGAAGGGACUGAGACACAGGCACCACAAACGGCGAAGACACCAUAAGAAACGAAGACACCACCGCAAGAAUCGAAGACAUCAAAGACGUGGAAAAAAUAACAAACAAGACCAAAUUGACAGCAGUGACAAAGACGUGGGCGUGCAAACGCAAGAUGAAUUCAAAGGAUACUCAGAAUACGAACAAACAAAGAUGUCAGAUGACUACAUGGAAGGGCAAGUCGACCGUCCAAAUGAGCUUCUCAGUGACUCUGAAGGGGAAGAACUUACAGAAGAUCAGGAAAUUGAAGAACAAAGUUUAGAGGACAAAAAGAGGGGACGAAAACACAGGCACCCCAAACGACGCAAACACAGACACCACAAGAGACGAAGACACCACAAGAAUCGAAGACACCACAAGAAUCGAAGACACCGCAAGAAUCGAAGACACCACAAGAAUCGAAGACACCACAAGUUUCGAAGACAUCAAAGACGCGGAAAGCAUCACAAACAAGACCAGAUUGACAGCAGCGACAGCGAAGUGGGUGUGGAGAGGCAAAAUGCAUUCAAAGGAUACUCAGAAUAUAAAGAAACAAAAAUGGCAGAAGACUCCAUGGAUGGGCAAGUCGACCGUUCAAAUGAGCAUCUCAGUGACUCUGAUGGGGAAGAGGUUGCAGAAGACCAGGAAAUUGAAGAACAAAGUUUAGAGGACAAAAGAAAGGGACGGAAAUAUAGGCACAAUAAGCGGCGCAAACACAGACACCACAAGAGACGAAGACACCACAAGAGACGAAGACACCACAAGAGACGAAGACACCACAAGAAUCGAAGACACCACAAGAACCGUAGCCACCAAAAACAGGACGAGAUGAUGUAUGAGYUGAUGCUGUGA